AUGCAUACCAGACUCGUUCAACUCCUCGCUUUGGCCGUUUGCGUCUCGUCGUCGGUCCUCCAGCAACACCAUAGUUCGCUAGUGAACACCGCUACGCUCAAGCACAAACGAGAUAUCCAUCAAUUUAGUAACAGGACUGUUUUGCAUCCUGAAGGCCCCGCUGCGCUACGGAAGAGGGAUGGGACAAAAUAUGUUUUCAUGCACCACAUGGUUGGAAAUACAUUUGGUUAUACCUUCGCCGACUGGACUGAAGACAUCUCAAGGAUUCAAGCCAAAGGAGUUGAUGCUAUCGCACUCAACGUUGGUCGGAGCGACUGGCAGCGGCCUCAAGUACAAAUGGCCUACGAUGCCGCUGCGUCUCUCGGCACCGGCAUGAAGCUUUUCUACUCCUUCGACUUUACAGAAAUGGACUGCAACGUCGACGACUUCGUUGCUCGCGUCAACCUAUAUGGGAAUCACCCCAAUCAGUUCAAGGUCAACGGCAAGCCGAUGAUUUCGAGCUUUUCUGGAGACUGCUUGGGCAACUUUGGGUGGGCGACGCUCAAGCAGCGCACAAAUGGCUAUUUGAUGCCGUUUAUUUGGGGUUUGGAGGGCAAGUUCGACCAGUGGCCUUCGCUCGAUUCGUGGUUCUGUUGGGGAUGCGCUUGGCCUCAGGGAAAUUAUGCGAAGAAGAUGGAUGACGACAACUACUACAUUAGCCAGCUGGGCACACGAUACGCCGCAACGGUCAGCAACUGGCUUUACACUCACUUCACCUGGAAGAACUUCUACCUACGAGGAGAUGACUGGCUCGUCAUCAACCGGUGGGAACAGCUUAUGUCGAUACGCGAUACUUUGACCUUCGUUGAGAUUUCAAACUGGAAUGACUGGGGCGAAUCUAACUACUACGGUCCCGUCAAAGGAGCACAACCUUCCGACACCACCUGGGCGACGGAUUACCCCCACACCGCGUGGUACGAUAUGAUCGAGUACUACAUCACAGCCUUCAAGACGGGUUCUUACCCCGCAAUCACGAAAGAUGCGAUUUACUUCUGGGCUCGCCCUCAUCCUGCCGGCGCCACUGCCUCUGGAGAUGGUAUUGGGAAGCCAACGGGUUGGGAUUGGACUGAGGACUCCAUGUGGGCAGGUGUCUUCGCCACCGCACCUGCCAUGGUCACAUUGAAGUGUGGAAGCUCGUCAAACACCUUCAACGUGGUUGCCGGUGUAAACAAGCUCAAGAUUCCUCUCGCCGCUGGAAAGAUGACCGUACAGAUGGUCCGGAACGGACAGACGAUCAUUGACUACACGCCGAGCGGGUACACGUAUACUUUGAACCCCGUUCUGUACAAUUACAACGCCUGGGUUGGGUCCGCAACCGCUUCUGUUGCCGCUCCCGCCUCGUCUUCAACCUCCGCCAGCUCAUCGGCAACGUCCUCGGCGUCGACAUCCUCAUCUGCUACAUCGUCUUCGACGUCAUCCAGCGCGUCUGCGACACCUACUGAAUGGACGUCUUAUGGUUGCGUUGCGGAAGGCACCACCGGGACUCGACGCGCGUUGACGGCUGCGAGCUACAGCCAGCUGAACAUGACCCCUCAGGUUUGCCAAAAUCUCUGUUUGGGCUACAAGUAUGCUGGCGUGGAAUACGGACUUCAAUGUUACUGCGGGGACAGCCUGACGAACAACGGUGCAACUGGUACGAUCAUCUCCAGCAGCAGUUGUUCAACGAACUGCGCUGGCGACGCGACCCAGAAGUGUGGUGGAUCUUGGACAAUGAACGUCUACUUGUUCAAUGCCGGCACAAGCUCCUCCUCGUCGAGUGCCUCCAGCACGUCUACCACGAGUACAUCGGCUUCGACGACUUCGACAUCAACGACGACAUCCAGCACGCCGUCGGCUACUGGUUGGACGUCCUACGGCUGCGUCGCGGAGGGCACCACUGGAGCCCGCCGUGCGCUUACGGGCGCUAGCUAUAGUCAGACCGAUAUGACGCCUCAGCUGUGCCAAGGAUUGUGCUCUGACUACCAGUAUGCUGGUGUUGAAUACGGCAUUCAAUGCUACUGCGGUAAUUCCCUCGCCAACAACGGUGCCACGGGUGCCUUAAUCUCGUCGAAUAGCUGUUCCAACAACUGCGGGGGCGAUGCUUCUCAGAAGUGCGGCGGCUCGUGGACGAUGAACGUGUAUGUUAAAGGUGCCUCGACCAACCCGGCGUCAUGGAACAGCGCUGGAUGUUACGUAGACGCGACGACGCGCAUGUUGCGCGGGCUCGCCAUCACUCAGAGCGGGCUGACGAUUGAGAAGUGUACGGACAUUUGUGAUAGGAGUGGGUACACGAUGGCCGCGGCCGAGUAUGGCAGCGAGUGCCAUUGCGGGUCCACGCUGUAUAAAGAGGGUGGCGCGGGGGUCGCGGUUGCGGCGAGCCAGUGUAGUAUGCCUUGUGAAGGCAAUUCAGAACAGACGUGCGGCGCAGGAUGGAGGGCCAAUCUCUACCUCAAACCUGGCACGACGGUAUGA